AGAUCGAUUCAUCAGUUAGAAAUUGCAAAUCAUUUCCAACGAGAUGAAGGCUUUCUUUGUGAUUUGUGUCCUGGCUUUGGCUGCAGUGGCUACACAGGCCCGAACCAUGGAUCGUUGUUCGCUGGCCCGUGAGAUGUCCAAUCUGGGUGUUCCCCGUGACCAAUUGGCUCGUUGGACCUGCAUCGCCCAGCACGAGAGCUCCUACCGCACCGGAGUGGUGGGUCCGGCCAACUCCAAUGGAUCCAACGACUACGGCAUCUUCCAGAUCAACAACAAGUACUGGUGCAAACCGGCCGAUGGCCGCUUCUCCUACAACGAGUGUGGAUUGAGCUGCAAUGCCCUCUUGACCGAUAAUAUAACCAACUCCGUGAGAUGUGCCCAAAAGAUUUUGCGCCAACAGGGAUGGACUGCCUGGUCCACCUGGAAGUACUGCAGUGGAUCCCUGCCCUCGAUCAAUAGUUGCUUCUAAAAAAUAUCUGAUUCUGCUACCCAAAAAAAAAUUAUCCUUUUAUGCCUUAAAAUAAACCAUACCCUAAAGUUUC